CUUUUGAGUUUUUAACCUUUUAAAUGUUGCCCCUUCCCAGGAAAAUUCCUGGAUCCGCUGCUCGACCUAACUCACAUCACCACUGACCUCACCAUCUCUAUUUCAGGCGUCUCUAUCUCGACCUCACACUCUGUUUCAGUCGCAUCUCUCUGUCGACCUCACCCUCUCUGUUUCAGUCGCGACUCGCCUCUCUGUCGACCUCACGAUCUAUGUUUCAGUCGCCUCUCUCUCUCUCUCUCUCUCUCGACCUCACCCUAUCUCUUUCCCCAGAACCCUAACCUAACACCAUCGAAUUUCAUCCAAAACUUCUUUGAAUUUUUAAGGUUUUUUGAGAGCUCUGGGUAUUUCAAUGGAGGUUUCGACUGUGUUAAUUUUGUUGAUGGUGGAACUGUGUUAAUCUAUGGAAGGUUUUGAAUUUUUGGCUUCAAUGAAGUUUGACUCAAUGGAUUCAGAAGCAGAAGCUCUUGAGGAGAAGUUGACAUCUUUACUUGGACAGCUCCAAGCAGAGAGUGCCAUUCUGGAAAGAAUGGUUUACAAGAACAAGAACCAGCAUAGGCGUGGCUCGUAUUUCCAGUACCUUAUGAAGGUAAGGAGGGAUUUGAAGCUUUUACAAUCCACUAAACUGGAGGAGAUUUUGGGUUGCUGUUUUCAAAGUAUCACUGGGAAGAGACCUAAGCAAAAAGUACAUCUAUUAGAAAGCUUGAAGAGAAGGAAAUGUGAGAGUGGAAAAUAUAAUUUCAUGGACCGACUUCUGGGAGCUGUACGCCUUCUGUCACAGAUGGUUGAGCCAAUGUUGAAGGCAGCCAUAGAGAUAUCUACACUGCUCGCUCGAUCAUUUUUCAUGGGAUUUUCUCUGACUAUUUUAGCUCUGCUUGCACGACUUCGAGUUUUGGUUCAACAAAUUUUACUUGAUGUUGUUUCCGUAUUCAACAUGGUUUCUUCUCUCUCCCAAAAGAAGCAAUCCGUAAAGAUAAAUCAAGGAGGACUUGAGGUCACCCCCUCUUUUGUUCUGAAAAUUACUCUGGUAACAUAUUGUUGUUAAAUGCAUUCUAGCUUCUAUGUUAUUUACUGCUU